GUUUUGCGGAUGCAUGUGUGGAGCUUGGUCAAGUCGCAAAAGGCCCAUGUCUGCAUGAGAUCAGCCAACUUGCUUGGACGGAUAGUUUCAGGCAUUGCAGAAAACGACAUCACCGACCUCUGUGGCCAUUUGCGCGCAGGCUUGAGAAACUCUUUGGCAAUCGCUUCUACCAACUCCCGGAAGCACCUGCCGACUGCACGGAAGCUCAUUGAGUGGCUGGUGCACGUCGCCAUCUCGCAGACCGCCAGCACAUCUCCGAGAAUGGCGUUGCAGUGCUGGCAGCAAGCCCAACGUGUGUUCAGCGAAGGGGUCAGCACGGAGAAGGUGCAGUCGGUCUUGGGAGCUUUGAGCCACGGGCGGAGGCCCAUGGAGCAGCUGCAGCUCCUUCAGUCGGUCGGCCACCUGGCCAGGCGGGGUCGGAUCCCACCAGACGUGGCCGAGCCGAUCUCAAGGGUGAUCCAAUUCUUGAUGCAGCCGGUCCCACCACUCUGGGGGCAGCUCUCUCUCCCUGACAAGGAGGCUGCAUCCAGAGUUCUUGCCUCCGCCCUGGAAGCUCUUACGCUCUGUCUGCCGCCAAGCCCAGAGCAGAGCAUCUCAUCUUUGGAUUGGGCGGAUGCGUUCAUGGAGCAGCUGACUGGAAGUGCAGGCGACUUGAACCGGGGAGAUCCAUCACUUCCAUCGUUGCAGAUGCUUUUCUCUGUGGUUUUGCGAGCACGUCUUCAGCAAAGCGAGGAGUUUCGCAAAGCCGAUCCGCAGCUGCUGAUGAUGCAGCGGUCGGACCUCUUUGCGCUCGUUUUGCAGGGGCAGUCGCUGCAAGAAUUCACAGAGCUCUCCGGCGAUGCAAGCCUUGUGGCAGCGGCUUCACCGGCGAUUCCCAAAAGUGACCAUCGCAGCACGUGGCUGCGAUUAGCCGGCCUUGAAGGCACCACAGCGCAGACGCUUCCUGGCUUCUACCGUUACAGCGUGCAGGCGGUGGAGGCACUGCGCCUGCAGCUUCCGAGAGGCCUUGCCGCGGCGCUGCUCUGCCUUCGACAGUUGCGGCUACACCAUGCCGUGCUCGCGAAGGACCGGGAGCGCGCUACCAAGGCUCAGGAAGGCUGGCACCUUGCCCACUGCGCAUCCUUCGCGCGCCUCACCGUUGCCCAGAUAUCGGAGCCGGACUUUGCGGCUGCCCUGAGCAAAAGCGGCGCUAGCAGGAGGAUUCCUGCACUGGCCGUGGUGGUGCAGCUGGAGCGGUGCAUCCAGUCGCAGGGAGAGGAAGCCGAGACGUUGCUGGAAGUGGGCAGGCUGCGUCUGCUGCAGGCUCAAGCCUCACAGCAAGGGGCGAUCACAGACGAUGAGGGUGGCCACGAGGAGCCCAGGCGCUUUGUGGCCGCGGCCCUCGCGGCCUGGCAGAGAGCUCUGGUCGUGGACUCCAGAGUUCUGGCAGCCAGGACCCCUGCAGGGGUAGCGGAUGCGCUGCAGGCCGCGACAGCUGCUUCGUUUGCAGGCGGCUCGCACGCCAUCCUGCUGCUGCGCGAUGCCUCUGAUGCAGCUCAUCUCCUGGAGGGUAUGGACCUUGAUCACCUGGCUUUCCGUGCUCUUGUCCUGUGUCUGGCUUGUCUGUACCGACGACAUGGAUCAGCUGCGCUCUGGUGGCGGCCCGAAGCUAUGGAGGUGCGCGAGAAGGUGCCCUCUUGCAUGCAGGCUUCCGUCGUCCUCCUGUACCGCAUGGCCGGUGCCAUGGGUCGCCUUGCAUCCACUCCCACGGCGGACGCAGAGGUGCGUGCCGCCGCCCUGGGCUGGUGGCAGUUGGCAGAGGCUGCUGGAAGUGGAAUACCGGAUGGGCAGGGCUCCCAUAUCGUUGCCCUUCAACGCCUGAUCGCUGUCUCGACGAUGCCCGAGCAGUCUCCGGGGAUCUGGGGCGAAGGUGGUGCCUGGAUCGAUGUCCACGCUUCCGCCAGGGCGGCCGUGGCCUGCGUGGCUCGUGAAGAAGGUGCGGUUCCGCAGAAUUGGCUGCACGUGGUCGAGGCCCUCUGGGCACUGGCCUCCUGCACAAUGCGCUGGCAGGACCGCCGUUGCCAGUGUCCUGGGGGCAGUGCUGUCACAGCGCAGUGUGCAGCUCUGACAUCACUGAUGCUGCUCUUUCGGGGCCAGUCGAAGGCCAGAAGUCUCAGAGUCCAGCAGAACGCGCAAGACGCGGCAGAGGAGCCUUGGCUGCGCUGGCCCGCUUUCCGGUCUGCGCUCUUGCAGCUCCGGGUGGUCAGCCAGGCAAGUCACUUGUACAAGUGGCUCGGAGAAGCGGAUCUGGCCGAUGCCUGCUGCCAGUGUGGCCUGCAGUUGAUAUCGCAGAGGCUUUGUGGAGACCAUCGUUGGAAGCUGCGGUUCCUAUGCAUGCGUGCAAGGUCUGCCGUGGCCCAAUCAAGCCGUUUGCCCGACAUGGCCGGCUUCAAGGAUGUGAAGGCGCCGGAACUGGAGAGGCUGCUCGCAGAGAUCGACACGCUCUGGAAGGGGAUGCAGGUGUCUGCAAAGAUGGGCGCCGAGGAGGGCCCAGAGGCUGCGGCGCCCUGGGAAUGUCUGGAGUUGUGGGCUGAGGCUGGAACCAUGGCUGGCUCUUGUUGGCGGGGCUUUCCGGAAUUCGGUCGCUCUUGGAAGCUUCGUCUGACGGCGCUCGCGGCACAGCGUCGAAGGUGUCCAGAAGCUUGGGCAGCGCACAUUGAUGGGCUGCUAUCUUGGAUGCGCACAAUGCCUGACCAGCCACUGCCUCAACUGGGCCAGAUGCUGCUGACAGUGGCGCAAGUUUUCUUCGACGAGGCGGUUGAUGGUGGGCACAAUUCAAUUGACGCCGGCACUUGCGAUGAACUGCUGGCAGUGCUGUCGUCUUGCAAGAGGGAGCUCGUUCGCGGCGAGAGCUGUCCGUUGCUGCAGCCUCACCAAGAAGAGGCUGUUGCCACCGCUGCCAAGGAUGGCUCGUCCUCGUCGGCGAAGCUCGUGGCAGUCUUCUACCUGGUCGCCGGUGCCUUUCGAGAUGCUCUCGUGGCGGGUGACAGCCUGACUCUGCGGUCUUCAGCGCAGCUCCUCCUGCGGGCAGCAGAGGCUUCGAAGAGCAAGGCAGCUGCUCUUCAAAAAGACGAGAAGGUGCCAAGCAGGGGCAACUGCCGGAGCCGCUCACGCAGCCCUCGGCGUGACAUGCCCGGCGGUGUCUUGAGUCCUUCGUGGACUCGAGAGUACUGGUCCCUGUGCAAGCAGGUCGUUCCGCUGUGCUCGGCUGUGUCUCUCCUCUUUUUGACGGAGCUUCGCUCCAUGCAGCGGGUUGUGGAAUCCCUCGGCGAUGCUAGAAUGGCGCAGUACUUCUUCAGCGAGCCGCACAAGGAGCUGCAGCCCUCCGUCGCAGUGGCGAAGCUCUCGUCCGGAGAGUGGCUCAAGGAGGUGAGGGCCGACCUCUCCCUUGCGUGGCUGCAGGUGGACUGGCAGGGCCCCAUGCUCCGGAUCACACGUUCGCUGGACAGUGGUCUCGGGCCGGACAGUCACUCGCAGCUCGUGUCCCAGCAGGUCCUUCUUCCGCAUGGUCUGCUCCCGUGCCUGCAG